AUGGCGGAAUUCCUACCUGAACAUCAAGAUUUCUUCAACAAAUUGAUAAAUGAUGACAAGAGUGAUGACGAAUUUGAAGGUUUUCUACCUUCUGAUAUUGCUAAUGAUGGUAGCAACCGGGAAAGUGAUAUUCUGAUGAAUCAGAGCAAGCUGAAACUGGUGAUAUUUGGCAAGACGGAGAUCAACCUCGUAUUUGGUUCAGUGUACAUGCCAAAUAGACACUUAUCGUUAGAUGAGGGUAUGGUCCCAUGGAGGGGGCAUCUUGCGUUCCGUGUUUACAACCCUGACAAACCAAAGAAGUAUGGAAUAAAGGCAUACAUGAUCUGUGACGGUGAGACUGGGUACUGCACCAAGUUUAAACUCUACACAGGUAAAUCAAACACACCAGUCAGUCAACAUGGAGCAACUUAUGAUUUAGUGAUGGACAUGAUGAGGGGAUAUUUUGGACAGGGUUACAUUCUAUACAUGGACAAUUAUUACAGCUCCCCAAAAUUGUAUAAAGAUCUAUUUUCACUGGGGUGUGGUGCUACAGGAACUUUGAGAGCAAACAGGAAAGGGGUACCUCAAAAAAUUUUGAAUACUAAAGUCAGCAAAGGGGAACAAUUCACAAUGAACAAUGGGACUCUUUUAAUUACAGUACCAAAUACCGGCCAUGACAGAAAAGUUGUACAUCUAAUUUCCACAAUAGAGCAGGCUGAAAUGACACCCACUGGAAGGAACAUCCCAGGCACAAACACACCCAUUGUAGUGCCAUCCAUUGUACGAGAAUACAAUAGAUUUAUGGGGGGAGUGGACCGCUCUGACCAAAUGGUUUCAUAUUCUACCUUCAAUGCCAGGACUCUGAAAUGGUGGAAAAGAGUAACAUUUCAUGUUAUUUCUCUUGCUGUGUUGAAUGCCUAUCUCCUGUACAAGACCGUCACCACUGGCAACCCCAUGCUCCACAGGGUAUUCCGUAAACGCCUUGUUGCAGAUUUAAUUAAUUCAGUUCAAGGACAUGUCGUCCCCUCUAAAAGUGUUGGCAGACCCAGUACUAGUGAUGACUCUCUAUUCAGACUUAUGGGCCAACACUUUCCUAUCAAAAUUACAGCUACUUCCUGUUGGGGAAAAAAGGAAGAGAACUGGAAAAGAAUCCAGCUAUAA